AUGUCUCUCCGCCCAGCGCUGUCCGCUUCCACUGGGCCGGCCGCUCGUACGGGGCAGCGCGCUUCGGGUUGGCAGCUGCGAGAUGCUUGGCUCCGGCACCGCUGCAGCGUGAGCCGGCAGAGCCAGGCGAACCCGCUGCACUCACUACCGCUGGCCUCCAUCUCCCUGGGUUUGGGUGGCUUGUUGGCCGGGGCGCGAUCACGGCACUUCUCCAAAACCGGGCCAUGGCUCCGCCGAACGGCUCUGGGCGUGAGGCCCUCCGGGCCCACGGUGUGCCGUGCCCUGGCCACAGAGGCCUUGGCCGCGAAGGUCCUGGCAGAGAGCGCGGAGAUCCGCGCCCCGCCCGGCGACCCACGCCAGUACCGCGUGCUCCAGCUGGACAACGAUCUCCAGGUUCUCUUGGCUUCGGACCCGAGCGCGAGCACGUCGGCUGCUGCGGUGACGGUGCAGUGUGGGACCUUUCAGGAUCCCAAGGAACGCCUUGGACUGGCCCACUUUCAUGAGCACAUGCUGUUCCUGGGCACGGAGAAGUUUCCGAAGGAGGACGAGUACACCAAGUAUCUUAGUGAGCAUGGCGGUGACAGCAACGCCUUCACGAUGUCCGAGUACACCACGUACUACUUCAAGGUUGCUUCGCCCUUCUUGGACGAAGCCUUGGACCGAUUUUCCCAGUUCUUUAUCAGCCCGACCUUUGCUCCCUCCGGCAUCGAAAGAGAGAUGAAGGCUGUGGAUUCUGAGAGCACCAACUACUCCACGGAGGACGGUUGGCGACUGCUCCAGGUUUUAAAGGCCACCGCCGCCAAGGAUCAUCCCUUCUUUAGUUUUGAUGUGGGCAACCUCGACACGCUGGGCUCGAACGACUUAGACGGCACGCGGAAGCAACUGGUGGAGUGGAACAAGACGCACUAUCAAGCUGGCGCCAUGAAGCUUGUUGUGGUUGGCAGCGGAAGCCUGGACGAGCUCCAGGCGCUGGUCACCGAGAAGUUCCGGGACGUGCCAUCGGGGAGUGGCCGAGACCAGGUCUACCCAGUGAGGCCCUGGCCCGACAGCCAGGUGGGCCGCAUCGUGAAGUGCGUGCCCUUGAAGGACUCUCGGUCGAUCUCGGCCUGCUGGCCCCUGCCCCCGGUUCAGAAAUACCUGUUUGCGAAGCCCGAGCUCUACUUGGCGCACCUUCUGGGCCACGAGGGCGCCGGCUCCCUCCACGAUGCCUUGAAUCAGUUUGGGUGGGUCGACCAGCUGUCUUCGGGCACUGCCCAUUCGUUCACGGAUGAGCAGCUCUUCGCCAUCAACAUCACGCUGACCCCAGAGGGCGAUGCCCAUCGCGAGGAGGUCUUGGCUUUGCUCUUUGAGUACGUCGAAACAAUUCGAUCAGCUGGUCCUAAGGAGGAGAUCUUCAAGGAGCUUGCCUCUCUUCAAGAGAUCGGCUUUGCCCACAAGGAGGACUACCCACUGCCCGAUGAUUUUGCAGCCACAGCGGCGAUGACUUUGCACAGGUACCCUGCCAGCGAAGUGCUCCGAGGGCCCUUCGCUUUGGAUGAGUGGCGGUCAGACGUCGUUGCAGACUAUCUGUCGACCCUUACGCCUGAGAACUGCCUCAUCAUGAUCACCAGCGAUGGGUUCCGGGAGGAGAGUUCCUCGGAGAGUGCCGGCGAGCAGGGCUGGAGGCCAGAGGAGUGGUACAAGGCUUACUACAAGGAGGAGCCCCUGGACCAGGAGCACCUCGAAUCCUGGCGCGAGAAGCUGCAGCUGGCCCUGCAGGGUGAGCCCUCGGGCCUGAAGCUGCCGGAGCCGAACCGCUUCAUCCCAAGCGACUUCUCCCUCCGCGCUUCGGGUGGGGAGGGCGCCGAGGUCACGAAGCUCCCAAUGGAGGUCUUGCCCCCAACCCCAGUGGUGGACAGUGAGAUGCUCCGGCUCUGGCACAAGGUGGACAAAGCCUUCGCGACUCCCAGGGAGUAUGUUCUGGCGCACGUGCACACCGGCGCCUACGAUGCUGGCCCCGAGGUGGUUGCGAUGAUGAGACUGUUCUGCAGUGUGGUCAGUGACGACCUGAACACGUUCUCCUACGACGCCAGCGUCGCAGGCUUGGGCUACAACUUGGAGUUUGCGGACAACCUGACCAUGUCCGUGGGGGGCUUCAACGACAAGCUGCCAGACCUCCUCAAGGUCGUUGUGGAGCGCAUCGCCACCCUCUUGGAGGAGCUUGAGACGGCUGCUGAGGCCGUGAAGGGAGCCACCAGCGAGGAGGAGCUCCUGACAGCGCUUGGGGACCGAGGGCAGGAGCUGCUGGAGAAGCUUGAGGUUCAGCGUCAGAUCUUGCUGCAGGAUUACAAGAACUUCACCCGCGAGGACCCUUGGUCCGUGGGCAACUACUACUUGUCCCAGCUGAUGCUGCGGAAGUCCUGGCAUCUCUCUGAGUACAUCGAGGUCUUGGAGCGAGGACCCGACCUCGCUGCUACUGCGGCAGCCGUCCGCAAGGCCUUCAGCCAUGUCCAGGUGGACAUGCUCGUUCAUGGAAAUGCAACAGAGGAAGAGGCCAAGAGUGUCGGCGACACGGUAUGUGCCUCGCUGAAGCGCUUGGGCGCCGAGCCCCUGAAGGAGCUGAGGAAGAAGGAGAUCACACAGCUUCCGCUGGGGUCCACCACGAUCUUCGAGUACGACCUCGCUGCCCUCAACCCUGCUCAGGAGAACUGCAGCACGCAGGUUGUCUACCAGGUGGGUCCCACCAACGAAGACUUCCGCCGCGAUGCCUGCGUGUCCUUGGCAUGCCACAUUGCGCACGUCUCCGCCUUCCAGAAGCUUCGUACAGAGCUGCAGUUGGGGUACAUCGUUCAAGCCUUUCCGUGGGUGAACGAGCACAUCUGCGGAUUCUCCGUUCUCGUCCAGGGCCCCCGUGAGCAUCCCCAAAAAGUGGACGAGCUCAUCGAAUCUUGGCUGGAGGACUUCGGAGAGGAGCUCGAGGCCAUGACGGAUGAGGACUUCCAAAACAAUGUGGAGGCUUUGGUCAACGAGCGCACGCAGCGAUAUUCGCGGCUUCUGCAAGAGGUCACCCGACACUGGGCGGAGAUUUUGCCUCGGCGCUACAAGUUCCAGCGUGUGGUGGAGUCCACAGAGGCCCUGAAGGCCGUGAAGAAAGAGGAGGUGGCCGCCUUCUUCAAGGAGUACCUUGCGAAGGGCGCCCCAUCUAGACGGAAGUUGAGCAUUCGCGUCCUGGGCACCACGGCAGAGGGGAAGAAGAGCGAUGACAUCGGGGAGUCCGACACGGUGCUCACCAACGUCCAUGAGCUGCGGGACUUCCACGGCCGCACGGAGUCCUAUCCCCCACUCCUCCCUGCGGAGAUGCCAGCGAUCGCCUGA